AACCAGCUUUACACUCAAAUUUUGUGUCUGUUACAAACUUUAAUAUAUUUAAUAAGUAUUCAUAUAAAGCUCAUCUGUGCUUCAUAUGAAAAUGUUUGUUCUCUCCGGUCAGCAGAUUCACAUGGAUUCACAAACACAAUCCACAGAACAUUUCCUCUUUGCUGCGCAAUUACGCACAGCCACUCUGGCACAGAUGGUCCGCAUUCAGUCCAGAGCGCUCAGAUGACCGGCAGAAUUUCACCCUAAUUACACUGUGUGUGCGUGUGUGUGUGUGUGUGUGUGUGUAGGUAUGAUCGGCUGCUUUCACGCUCUCCGAGGUGCCUUUUGACGUCACGUGGCAACUUUUGCGAGAGAUCCGCGCGCUCGGUGGGUUCGGAGUUUCUGCGUGGUUGCAGCUGCUGGACAACAGACCGUCGGGGACACAAAACGGGAUUUAUGGGUCGGACUGUUUGGGAAUGUGCCCAAGACGCGCCACAUGCGUAAUAACGCGCAGGAUGUCCCCGAAGCUCGCCGAGACGUAGCUGUGUUCCGACUGAAAAUAACACUUUCUUCACACCAACGCAGGCACAGCUGUGCGCGUCCAUGUCACCGCUGGACGCCUGUCCAGUUCGUCCAUGGAUAAAAAACAACAGCCGGACUCCAGGAUGCUUGUUGUGGGAGCGACUAACGGAACUUUCUCUGCUGACAACAUGAGGUCCGCGUUCAUGAUUGAGGACACAGUCGGCGGCGGGGAGCCCGGCAUUUCCACCAACAUGAUGAUCUCUGAAGCUCUGGCGCCUCGGCUGCUGAAAAUUGCGCAGGACGCCGCAGAGGCUGCGGCAGCGGCUGCGGCAGCGGCGGCGGCAGCGGCCACUUCUCCGUCCUCCUCCAGUCAGCCGCAGGUCAUGGAGACGAACGGGACGCGGUGCGGGGAGCAGAUCCUGAGCUACGGCCGCGUGGAGAAGGUUCUGAUCGGCGGGGUGCUCACCAUGCUCACCCUGUCCACCAUCUGCGGGAACCUGUUGGUGGUCAUCUCGGUGUGCUUCGUGAAGAAGCUGCGCCAGCCCUCCAACUACCUGAUCGUGUCUCUGGCGCUGGCCGACCUGUCCGUGGCGCUGGCCGUGAUGCCGUUCGUCAGCAUCACGGACCUCAUCGGCGGCCAGUGGAUAUUCGGACAGUUUUUUUGCAACGUUUUCAUCGCCAUGGAUGUGAUGUGCUGCACCGCGUCCAUCAUGAGUCUGUGCGUAAUCAGCAUCGACAGGUACCUGGGCAUCACCAAACCUCUGACCUAUCCCGUCCGGCAGAACGGCUGCUGCAUGGCCAAGAUGAUCCUGUCAGUGUGGCUCCUGUCUGCCUCCAUCACCCUGCCCCCGCUCUUCGGCUGGGCGCAGAACGUCAACGACGGCAGAGUCUGCCUCAUCAGCCAGGACUUUGGCUACACCGUCUACUCCACGGCCGUGGCCUUCUACAUCCCCAUGUCGGUCAUGCUGAUCAUGUACUACAGGAUCUACAGAGCAGCCAAGCUCAGCGCCGCCAAGCACACAAUCACUGGCUUCCCCAGGGACGGGGAGCACCGCACAGGGGCGGCACACAGAGGGGGCCGCGGGGUGCACGAGCCCCGGCAGCCAUCGGAGUCUGGGGAGACGGGGAGCGUCGAGGCAACGGAGACGGAGCAAUGUGAUGAGGAGGCGGAGGAGGAGAGCCUGGACUGCGUGGCGGCGGCACUGAAGCUGCAGCGGGAGGUGGAGGAGGAGUGCAGUAGCCGCGUGUCCCGCCUGCUGAAGAGUGGCGAGCACCACCAGCGGAGGAAGCGGAAGAACCAGUCCAUCUUCAAGCGGGAGCAGAAGGCGGCGGCCACCCUGGGCAUCGUGGUGGGCGCCUUCACCUUCUGCUGGCUGCCGUUCUUCCUGGUGUCCACGGCGCGGCCCUUCAUCUGCGGCGUGGAGUGCAGCUGCGUGCCGCUGUGGCUGGAGAGGACGCUGCUGUGGCUCGGCUACGCCAACUCACUCAUCAACCCCUUCAUCUACGCCUUCUUCAACCGCGACCUGCGGACCACCUACAGCAACCUGCUGCGCUGCCGCUACCGGAACAUCAACCGGAAGCUGUCGGCAGCCGGCAUGCACGAGGCUCUGAAGCUGGUGGAGAAGCCAGACACAGACGCCUGAAGAGGCAACGCAGCCAGUCAGGAGAGCCGCUGUGAAACAUCCAGAGGGCGGGACUAACCUCCCUGCUGCCAGACUGAUUAUCUCCUCCUUAUGUAUGAAGGUUAAGGCCAGAGGGGAGGCUGGUGUUGGACAGGCUGAUCAGGGAUGUCUGGCUCUACGGUGGACUGGGUUUAGCGGACAGUAGCUGACCGAGCUGCAUGCUGGUUUUCACGCCUCUGUUUGGACGGAUGGAUCCACCAGCUCACGUCUUGCUGCCUUUCGUUUUCAGUUGGAGCCUCGGAGAACCAAACAGGAGCUGCAGCCGUCUGCUAGUUGGUUCUCCACCAGCUGCUCUUCAGCACACACACCUGCACAAACAACGACUAACGUGUAAAAAUGUAAAUAAUCUACAGAUUAACGUUCUGGAGAGUCUAGCUGCUUUUCGUCACCGUGCUUAUUGCUUGUUCCAGAAUAGUUAGCAGAAAGCUUCUGUGUAUCUGAUCCAUGAUGUUUGUGGCUCUCUUCUGAACAGAACUUAUUUAUUGUGAGAUGUUAGCACAGCCUGUAGGGGAGAGGAAUGUGAUGCUGUAGACACUGGAUUGAACGUCCUGUGCCUUUUCCUGCUCUGUCCUUCAGGUUUUGGUUGCAGGGAACAACAGCCUCAUGUUGAAACCUGCACUUUGUGCUUCAUUUACUCAGAUCUGCACUGGAAGGGAAGAAGAAACUGAUUUAAACUCAUGUAUUUAUAGUUGUGGCCACUGAGCACUGACGCACAUUUAUUACUAUUCUGUGUUUCCUUCAAAGCAGAAGGACUGUCAGGAAUUACAACUCAGUGUUGUUGGUUUAUUACUCCUACAAAAGCUCUGAGAAAAACUGAGAAACUAAAUAAUUACUUAUGAGAAAUGAUCAUCAAUAAAACAUGUAAAAUGUCCUUGUAGCUCCAGAGCUGUACUUUACAGCAGACACACCAUUUGAUUUGAAAUGGGUCACCGAAAUUUGGGCUCCAAAUUCAUGAGCUGCUUCCUUCAAAUGCCGCAUUAAAAGAUCGAUUGACUCACAGCUGUAAGAAGAGGAUUGUCUGGAUUUCUGGAUUUUUCGUUUUGUCCCCGGAUGUGAAGGGUUUAGUUUGUCCUUCGUGGUCCAUCCUAUCCCAAGAUGCACUGCGGCCAGAGAGUUUUGUUCUUGUAACAACGGCAGAUGAAAUGGGAGGAAAACUGCUUUAAAUCUAAAAAUCUAAAUGUUCCAGAACAAAAAUCAGAAGCUUGAAGUGGUUGCUGUCAUCUGCGUAGGCAUGUUUUAAUACAAAAUUACUAAAAUAUUUAUUUAUAAGUGUAAUACAUUAAAAGGGUAACAGUAAUCAUUACCAGUUUGUGUUUAGUUGCUAGGCAACAAGGCAUACGCAGAGGUCAGGUUGGACCAUCCAGUUUUACUCGCUCUCUUCCGGCCGUUACGGCCGAUGAAGAACCGGUUAAAGUCGACCGUUUAGGAUGCAGCCUCUGAACUUGGAGCUUUAACUGAAUCAGUUAUCAUCUUAAAAACUGAUUGUUUUCACUCAAAGUCUAAGUUUUUCCCACAGAAAGUUCUGAGAUGAUGAAACAGAAUCGUUUUGUAUCUAACCUCCAUGACCACAGUUUAAUCUCCACAUGUACAGUUCAUAAAUCUACUGUUGGAUAUUUUUGUCUUCGGUCACCCAGUGUGUUUCCUGCUGGUAUCAGGCUGACAGAGUUCUGUCCUUAAUGAGCCCAGAGAACAGAGUCCGGAGCCAAACUCCAGUUUAUUGAUCUCUGAUGUUUUCUUUCCAAACUGGAAGUGAUUUUUUAAGCAGCCUGAUUUCCACCAUAAAACAUGACAGACUCUGAAGUUCACAGGCUGGACCAGCAGCCGGUUCAGUCGCUCUUGCUUCGAGAAUCAUUCAGAUAUCAUCACACGGUUUCGUUUCUUUGAGGCAACAAACAGAGUGAUGCAGAGUGUGUUGCCAUGGCAACCAGUUACAGAUGUCCCCGGUUCUAGUUCUUGCUCAGCGGGUUUGAUAAUGGCCGCCCUGUUGACCCGCUCUGGUUUAAACUUUUUACAUCACAGUUUGAAAUGAGUCAGUUCAGGACCAAAAGCCUAAAAGACAAACAGGAAGAGCUUAACUGGACUUCCUGUACUCGCCAAAAUAAGAGUCUUUCUCUGUCACAGGUUGGAUGAUAAUCAUGAAAGAAGAAAGGUAAAAUAUGUUUGAUGUUUGGGCCGCAGCAUCAGAAUCAUUGUCUCUUUCUGUAACAGUGGCUGGAUUCUUUUGUGGGUGUGUUUUUAAUUAAAAGUGCCAGAAAAAUGA